ACAUAUUCACAUUGUUACUCCUUCAUAAUAUACUUGGAAUCGACUGAAAAGUCUUAAAAGUCUUAGUCUAAAUACUCUUUUCCCACUUUAUCGAAUUGGAAAGUACGACGACUGCCCUUCAGGUCGAGCCCAAUGACACGCUUUAGCCAUGGCUAAGUGCAUCAGUUAACAGGCAUGUGGCACAUGCGAUUAGAAUGCGGUGGCAUUUGACAAAUGCGUUGACAAGUUUUAUAUGCAAUGUGGCUUACUGGAGCUGGCCUCCCGCCCACUAGACUGGCAGCCGCUGACCAUGACCGUCAAAAUUGAAUGCGAUCUCCAACCGUUAGCAAUUUAAUUCUGCACGCAGUGCGUUGCCUUUUGCCCAUCUAAUCACUGGUUGAACAGCAAAAUGCGUUUCCAUUCAGUGGCCAAGUCUUGUGGCACAUAAAAAGCAGCCGUCCAGCGCCCUAGCAGCCGCAGUUUCAAUCCGAAUCUUGAGUCGAACUCUUGGUUAGCCGCACAGAAUGCAAGUGAAAUUUACGAAAAGUGUCUGCAUUUUGGCAAUGUGUUUGUUGCUCCUGCAACAUGUGGCAGGCCACGAGGCAACAGUGAAGCCAACGCAAACGCAAAAAACGGAUACGCGCGUUUCUUGGAUAGCCCAAUUGCUGCAGUUGUGCCAACAGCUGGGCACGUGCUUCCGUUCGGGCACGGGUUUGUGGUCGUGUUUUCGUGCGCGCAGCCUGCAAAUUUUCGAGGACAUCAUGGCAGCGGAAGUCAUUCCGCUCUAUGAGGGCGUACGGCUGAUGGCAGCACCGAACGCCACAAAUGGGCAAGUGCGAGAAGCGACUGAGGAACGCAGGGACCUUAAACACCUGACGUGGUUUGAUCAACUGGCUGUCAGCUUGGCCAAGGGUCUAACCACGCACACGCUGCAAAUAAAUCUGGCUAAGCUCACGGAACGUUAUCUGAGCAACGCUGGGUCGGAGAGCAAAGCGGAUGCAGUGGGCAGCGCUCGUCUGCGUCGGCAUCGUUUCAACAUGAUUAUCACCAUGAUGUUUGGGGUCACAGCUCUUGGGGCUGUGCUGGUGCCUAUGGGAUUUCAAAUGCUGUCUAUUGUCAGUGGCAAGGCGUUGCUAUUGGCGAAAAUGGCUUUACUGCUGGCGUCUAUCAAUGGCCUGAAGCGGGUCGCCAAUACUGGACUUCAUUAUGGCUUAUAUCAUGUGCCCGGCGAGCAUUUGGGCGGCUAUUACGAUCGCGGCGACUUGAACCAUCCACGGAAUGUGCCCAUACCCGUGGGCCUGACGCCUUCAUUGGACAUGAGCUUGAAGUAAGAGAGGAAAGAGAGCGCGAAAUGAAGUAGCA